AUGGGGAGCAUCCACCUCAUGAUGAUGAACACAUUGAGGAUGAUGAUCAACAUGCCGGUGGCGGUGGUGGUGGUCGUGGCCGAGGAUUCGCUGCUGGUUUUGAUAACUUUGCAGGUGGCCGUGGCCGAGGAUUUGCUGCUGGUUUUGGUCGUGCACGACGUGUUCCUGUUGGGCAUCCUCCUGAUCUUGAUGCUGAAACAUUUUCAAAUUAUAGUGCUGAACAUGGAGGUGAUCCUUAUGGUCGCCGUGGUGCAUAUGAUGAUCAUGGUGGUGAUAACUUUGGCCGUUUUGGAGCCCGUGGUCGUUAUGGUGAUCACCGUCGACGUCAUCAUGAACGACGUCACAAUGAUGAUGGUCCGUACUGAAUAUCAAAGAGUUGGGCAUGAUCGUAUAACUUGGGAAGACAUGAAGAGGGAAAUGAGACGUCGUUUUGUUCCUGCAUAUUAUUCUCGUGAUCUACAUUUGAAACUGAAACGUCUUGUGCAAGCCACCCAACGCAAGACAAGCAAGAUUGAGUGUUUUAAGUGUGGUGGUCAUGGGCAUAAACAAGCUGAAUGUCCCAAUCGUCGUACUAUUAUUGCCCUUGCUGAUGGUUCUUAUGAUUCACAAAGUGAAGAGGAGGAUGAGCUUACCAAUGUAUUUUCAGAUUUUAAUCUUGACACUUGUGAGUAUUCAGCAGAGGAUGGUACAUUUGAGCUAGGUCUGAAUUGUUUAGCAAUUCAACCUAUUUCAACUUUUGCUCACAAUGACAUGUUACAAGAUGUUAUUUCUCCAUCUUCUGACGAGAUUACUAGUGCUGAUUUUGAUGAGUUGCUUGCUGAUUUUCCUGAUUUCGAGCCUUCUACAAUGAAUACACCAUCUCCUUCUUUGGUGGUUAGGAGAGUUCUUUCCACUCAGUUUGUUGCUGCGGAACAAGGACAAUGCCAUAAUUUAUUUCAGUCCCGAUGCAAAGUACAAGGCCAAGUGUGCCGUUUCAUCAUAGAUGGUGGGAGCUGCAAUAAUAUUGUUAGUGCUUUGCUUGUUGAGAAGCUUGGUUUGCAGCCACGUCGCCAUCCACAUCCGUACCAUAUGCAAUGGCUGAAUAAUUCCGGGAUAGUUAAGGUUUCAGCCAUGAUUCGUUUGUCAUUUUCCAUUGGUGAUUAUCAUGGAGAGGUGGAUUGUGAUAUUGUCCCCAUGCAAGCAUGCCAUUUGCUGCUUGGUCGGCCCUGGCAAUUUGAUGUGGACUCAGUGCAUUUUGGACGGUCUAACAAAUACACUUUCAUUCACAAUGACAAGAAGGUGGUUCUUGUUCCAUUAUCUCCAGAGGAGAUACAUACUUCAGAUAUGGCUCGCAAGAAAAGAGAGGAAUCAGACAAAAGAAAAUUGAGUGAGACCCCCAACCCAAGUAAGGGAGAGAUCCCAAAGAAAGAUGGCUCUUGGCGUAUGUGUGUUGAUUGUCGUGCUAUCAAUGCUAUAACUGUUCGAUAUCACCAUCCCAUUCCACGACUUGAUGACAUGUUAGAUGAAUUGAGUGGUUCUAUCAUUUUCACCAAAAUAGAUUUGCGUAGUGGUUAUCAUCAAAUCCGCAUGAAACUUGGUGAUGAAUGGAAAACAGCGUUUAAAACUAAAUUUGGUCUCUAUGAAUGGCUUGUGAUGCCAUUUGGCUUGACAAAUGCUCCUUCAACUUUUAUGCGCUUAAUGAAUCAUGUUUUACGAGCUUUCAUUGGCAAGUUUGUUGUUGUUUAUUUUGAUGAUAUUCUGAUCUAUAGCAAAUCAUUUGAUGAACAUCUUGAUCAUAUCCAUCAAGUACUUGCUGUUUUGAGGGAAGAGAAAUUGUAUGGCAACAUUGCUAAGUGCACCUUUUGCACAGACCGUGUUGUUUUCCUUGGCUUUGUUGUUUCCGCAGAUGGUAUUCAGGUUGAUGAAGAGAAGGUUAAAGCAAUAAAGGAUUGGCCUACACCGGUAAAUGUGAGCCAAAAGGAUGUUCCAUUCAAGUGGGGAGAUGAACAAGACCAAGCCUUCAAUGAGCUGAAAACAAAGCUUUGUGAAGCACCGCUGCUACAACUUCCUGAUUUUGGUAAGACAUUUGAGAUCGAAUGUGAUGCAAGUGGUAUUGGCAUAGGAGGUGUACUGCUGCAAGAAGGUAAACCUGUUGCCUACUUUUCUGAAAAGUUAAAUGGUCCACAUCUGAAUUACUCGGUUUAUGACAAAGAGCUUUAUGCCUUAGUUCGUGUUUUGGAAGUUUGGCAACAUUACUUGUUACCUAAAGAAUUUGUAAUCCAUUCUGAUCAUGAAGCUUUGAAAUAUCUUAAAAGUCAAGGCAAGCUGAACCGUCGACAUGCUAAAUGGAUUGAGUUCAUUGAAACGUUUCCCUAUGUUGUCAAACAUAAGCGUGAAGCACAUGCAGGUGGACUAGCUGUCCAUUCUACAACAAACUCUUGUCCAUUUGAAAUUGUUUAUGGGUUUAAACCGCAUACUCCCAUGGAUCUUUUGCCUUUACCAUUACAGGAACAAGUUAACUUGGAUGCCACAAAAAGAUCAGACUUUAUCAAGCGGUUACAUGCGGAGACAAGAAAGAAUAUUGAGAAGAAAUCAGCACAAUAUGCAAAGCAAGCAAACAAAGGUAAGAAGAAGGUUACAUUUCAGCCAGGAGAUCUUGUAUGGUUGCAUCUACGAAAGGAUCGCUUUCCCCAACAGCGUAAGAGUAAGUUAUCUCCUCGGGGUGAUGGUCCGUUCAAGGUUCUCCAAAAGAUAAAUGAUAAUGCUUACAAAAUUGAGCUGCCACCUGAAUAUUCC